AUGCGCGACAUUCAUGAGCCAGCUCUAGAGCAGAGAUUCAGUCUGAAACCACUCAAGACACUCAUGACGUAUCUUUAUUCUUUAAUCGUCGAAAGAUGGUCAAACACCCAAAGCAUCCUGCUUCGAAUAUGGGACCUUUCUCGAGCACUUUUAUUAGACGAUAGCAAGAUAAAUUGA